AUGACAGCCUGUGUUCCCCAUGCGCGAGUUCAGUUCACGCCCAAUGUUCCUGAUUCUGCGCGCCAAGUGAUUGCGCAUUUACUUCCCCUGCUAAUGAUGCGGCACAGGCGAAUACCGAGAGCGAAAUGGAGAGACAUGGUCAAUCAGAAUGGGAAGCAUUAUAUUGAGCAGGACUGCGAUAGCGCAAUGAACCCGACUCACAAACUGCGAUCCAUGAUUGGUUAUCACCUUGCUUACGACAAUAAUGUAGUCGGCAUGGUCAUGACACAAGGGCGUCAAAAAGAUGUAGUCAACAUCGGCCUAGGCAUCAAGCAGCUGGCUGUGUACCCACCCGAUGCGCCUGUGGGUGCUUAUGCGGAGUCUUUCUACCACAAGCUUACUGCUAUGGAGCAAUCGUUCAUCAAGCCCGACGAGGGUGACGACGUGGUCCUCCGGCGGCUCUGUCUGAUGCUUGCGCUCAAGCAGGCGUACAUAAAGGCAAUCGGGCAACCUAUAGGGUUCGACUGGACGCGACUUGAGUUCGACAUUCCAAAAGAGAGCGCGACGGGUGACGGCAUUCCGUUGCAAGGCUGGGAAUUCCGCGUAUGGCAAACACAGAUCCAGAUUACGCGCAACGGACAGCCCGUGCGGGAGUCUUACCAGUGCGCUUGCGCCUUCUUCCGCGGGUCGAGGGAGAGCAAGUUCAUAUGGCAGAAGGAGCAGAAGGAUCUUGAAUCGUGGGUGCAAUUCAUCAACCUUGAUCAGCUCGUAAAUGUUGUCCCCAAGCUUACGGACUAA